UGUGCACGGAUCUUCCGUAAGAUCUUUACAUCGAUCAUCGGAUUUUUUUUUGUAUCAUAAUCAAUUCUGAAAAAAUUUAAAUUAUUCUAUAAGUUUUAUAAAUUAUAUUAAAUUUGUAUAAAAAUAUAAAUUUAAAAAAUGAAAUACUUUCGAACUUCAAUAAUAUUACUGGUAGCAUUCACCAUAAAGGUCAACGGUGGACAGUACUUGCAAUCAAAGAUAAUUACAUCUGCUGGUUGUGAUACCUACACUUGUGGAGUUAACGCAAGAUGUACGAUGAGUCGUGGGCGUCCUGUUUGUUCUUGUCUCAAUCUUCAUAUGGGCGAUCCUCUUUCGCAAUGUAUACGCGUCGAAUGUUUAAUUAAUGAAGACUGUAUUGGAGUUAAAACUUGUAUAAAUAAUAAAUGCGUUGAUCCAUGUCCUGGUUUAUGCGGUGCAAAUGCAUUAUGUGAGACUAGAAAUCACAUUCCCCGAUGUUAUUGUCCACCUGGAUAUACAGGCAAUCCCUCUAAUAAUUGCCAUAUUGCUGAUCCUCAAGCAGCAUGUAAGCCUAGUCCAUGUGGAGAAAAUACAAAAUGUGAGGUAAGAAAUGAGAUACCCGUUUGUUCUUGCCUUCCUGGUUAUAAGGGAUCACCUUUAACUGGUUGUCGUCAUGAAUGCGAAAAUGACUAUGAAUGUCCUAAUCACCUAACGUGUUCAUCCUUAUUCAAAUGUGAAAGUCCAUGUAAAUGUGGUGAAAAUGCUAACUGCGAUGUUGUCGAUCAUCAAGCCAAAUGCACAUGUCCGCAUAAUUGGUCAGGAAAUCCAUAUGUUUCUUGCCAUCCAGAAUGUACUGCUCAUUCUGAUUGUCCAAUUAAUAAACCUGCCUGUCUCUAUCAGAAAUGUGUAAAUCCUUGUGAUGGAGUAUGUGGAGUAAAUGCUGAUUGUAAUUUACGUGGUAUUACUCCUGUAUGUAGUUGUCCAAAACAUAUGACAGGGAAUCCUUUUCUGUACUGCAGAAAUUUUGAACCAAGGGAUCUUUGUGAACCAAAUCCUUGCGGUGUAGACGCAAUUUGUACUCCUGGUCAUGAUAAUACAGGUAAAGAAAGACCAGUUUGUACCUGUCCUACUGGUUAUAUCGGUAAUGCUCUACAAGCAUGUCAGCGAGGAGAGUGUCUUAAUGAUAACGAAUGUCCUGAUAAUCGAGCCUGCAUAGAUUUUAUUUGUCAAAAUCCAUGUACUGGUCAUGAGUGUGGACCAAAUGCUGUUUGUUCACCAAGGCGUCAUAUUGCUGUUUGUACCUGUCCUGAUGGAACACGAGGCGAUGCACUUUUUAAUUGCAAUCCAAUUGACAGUAAAUCUGCAUAUUAUGCAAGAUCUUAUAGGUAUCAUUCUGGAUAAAUUCAAUGAAAUUGGUUUAUGUACGUACUAAUGCACAGAAGAACAAAAAUAUCAAUAGUUGCUAUGCUUUUUUUUAAAUGGAUUUUCAUAUAUAUAUCAGAACGUUGUAUAAUAACAAUAAAUGUACUACUAUGAUAAUUAUUGUAAUACCAUAACAAAAAAUCUAAAUCUGUUACCAGUUAAAUUCAAAUACUGUACUAAAAUUUCCCGCACUGUAAUACACAAGUAUUUCAAAAACAUAAACUAUUGAAUGAAGUAUUUUUUAAACUAAUUAUAUUCAUUUUGUAUCAUUAAAAAUAUAAUAUAUAAUAAUAAUAUGAUAAGUGAGAUUUAGUAAUAAGUAAAUAAAUAUUACUAUAAAAUAAAGAACAAUUAUUUUGUCUACAAUUGUAGAUAAACUAUGUACAUAGUUUUGUACAGGUGGCACUACUGUUUCCAAAACAUUGAUAUGUCAAAGAUGACAUAAUAAAUAAAAAUUAAUGCUA